GUCUCAUUCCAUCUACUUGUGUAUUCUAAUUUUUCUAGUUAUAAAUCAUUUAUUCAUCGACAAUAUCACAGUAGCUUUCUCAACAGCACUACCCUAAAUAUGAUACAAAAAAAAAGGGGUAUCAAUAGAUAGUGAAUUAAAAAAGCUUCAAGUAAAGUUUGAAGAAACAACUAGUUUGCCAAGGAGAAUAUUAUCGAAGGCAUCAGAGUUAGAGGGAUUGGAAAAUAAUGUAAUGACAGAUUACAUGGAAAAGAAUGGUGAAAAAGGAGACUAUCAGUUAUGGAUAGACUUUAUUAAAAAACAUUUUCAAAGUACUGCAGAAACGUUAAAAGAAAACAACCUGGCUUUUCCGCAAGAAACUUCAUCAUCAAAAAAGGAAGCUACUGCGACUUCAAAAGAAUGCGAGUAUAGAACUUGUUCUAUAUCGGUGAACAAGGCCAAAAGAAAAGACUCGCCUAAAAGUGUAGCAGAUAUAGUAGACAAGAAAACCAAAUAUUUCAUGUUCAAAAUUAACGAUUAUUGUGCUAGAUUUUUUGUAAUUACACAAAUAAUGGCCUCCAAUACUAAAAAAUUAUGUCUUUAUUACAAGAAAUAGUCAAGUAGAACUGAAAGAGUCGCCAGGCGAUGACAUUCGCCAACUACUACCAUUUAAGUUUGUUUAACAGAACCAGAUGGCACCAAUUCUGUCAGCCUUGUCUCUUUCAAUCGAAGCAAUAAAAUGCCAUACACAAGG